AUGAAUAUACUUUUUUUUUGUCCAGAUUUUCAAACUUUCGGUAAACCGAACGAUUUAGACGCCAGAAACAGAUUUUUGAACAAAUUGUCGAAAAUUUACAUCGUCUACCAUUCCACUAUUAUCAGUUUUAUGGUGAUUUCAUCCUUGUUCUACAUACCGCAAUGCAAGGAAAACAACAUAGUUAAAAACCAAAAGGAAGUCUGUGGACUACCGGCACUCACAUGGUUGCCAUUUAAUUUUGAUGUAGUACCAUUCAAGCAAAUCGUUUAUCUUUACCAAGUAUAUUCAGUUUUGAUAGUUUAUCAGACAGCCGGGUUAUUGUCGUUUUUUAUGUUUGCAACUUUGGAACACCUCGUUCUCCGUUUCAACCAUGUUGGCGAUAUGUUCGUUGAAACUCUAUCCGAAAAAAAUCCAGUAAUUAGAAGACAAAAGUUCAUAGUAGCAGUAAAAUAUCACCAGGCAGUCAUCGAGAUGGGCAAUUUGGUAAACCGGUGUUUCAGCCCCUGUAUGAUGGUGCACAUCAGUUUAACCGGUCCUUUUAUAGGAGUAGCGGCGUAUACCUUUCUUACGAAAAUUCCGCUAGAUACCACCGCCCUGAUGAUUGGUUGGAUGAUAUCGACGUUUACAGUUUGUCAAGGAGGGCAAAGACUAAUGGAGGCUAGCUUGAACAUCGGUAAUAUUAUGUAUAAAGUGGAUUGGUACAAUUUAGAGGCAGAUUUACAAAAAGAUUUGCUGCUAGUUAUCAUCAGAAGCAGAAAACCAGUAUAUUUACGGGCUGGACCUUUUGGUCCUAUCACUUAUAGCACUAUAUCGACGAUUUUGAAAACGUCAUAUUCUUACGUCACUUUGUUACUACAAACUAUGUAACUGCGGCUGCUGAUGACCUCACCUACCUAUAUUGUUGAAAUGUUUGGA